AGAGUCGGUCAUAAUCAAAUUUGUUUAGGGUCUUUUUAUUGUACAACUUUCAUAAUACAAGGCACCUCCUAGUGGCAAUUUACGGUGCCCCCUGUAAAUGUGCUGGUAGGCAUUGGAACACUUGCUGGUCCGGAAUACCCUUUAGGUCAACUAUUAAAUGUGUAAUACUUAUGAGAGGAUAUCAUGGGCCGUAGCCUUGUUCAUAUAUGUUCAUGGAUUAAUCUGGAUAUCAUUUGAUUUCAUAAGAGCUCUGAGUCGUCUCUUCCCUGCUUACAUUACUCUUUAAUAGAGUGCAUUUAUUUUGGAAAUGUACAUGAAUGUUGAUAAUAUCAUAGAUUUCUGUAGUCAUCAAUGAUCACCAAUGAUCGAAGUUGCCAAGAGAGAAAUUAUAAUCUGAGUGGAAAUCCAUGUUGAAGUUCAUUAAUUGCUCCAUUGUAAGCGAGUCAAAGAGGAGCAGUGUUCCAUACCGUAAGAUUUAACUUUUCAAAUAACCGGUCAUCAAGUGAAUCAAAAUGGAGGAGGAUUCUACCCCAAACCGGAGCAGCCAGAGUUUCAAGAACAAACAGCUGAAUCGCUUAUCGGGCGUCUUCAGGCCCAUGUCCAAGAGCAGACCGGCCAGUAUAGGAAGCUCGGGUCUCUUCCGCAAGCCCAGCUUCACUGGACAUUUCUCCGGCCGUGUAAGCAGCAGCAGUAGCAGUAGUAGCAGCGGAGUGAGUAGCGGUAGCAGUGGUGUUAGCAGCGGUGGCAGCGGUGGGAUAUUGAGCAGUGGGGGGAGCAGCAGUAUGUGGUCGUCAUUGCGGGAGAGUACCAAGAAGAGGCAGGCCCCGUCCCCUCCUGACCAUCCAGGGGGAUCCCCUAGUAGGAGAGCAGGAAACAGGUCCUCUGGGUACAGGCCCGUCUUGAGGGUGGUUAAAACCAAACCAAGACUAAAAGGUUUGUCAGGAACUGGGCUGUUGAUGUCUGUCAUCAGGACACUCUCUGCAAGUGAGGAUGAGCAGCAGAGGGGUGUAGAGAAAGCGAGGCUAGAGAAGGCAUACAGGGAGUGUGACAGGAAACUUGACAAGCUUAUCACAGUUAACUACGACACCCUGACCAAGACCAUCCAGGCAUACAGCAGCAUCUCAGGGCGCAUCAAGAACGCACGGGAGAGGACCAAACUCGUCAAGACUGAUCUUCUCUCAUGCAAGGAACUCCUCCACUGCAGAAGGGACGAGCUACGCAAGCUAUGGCUGGAGGGGAUAGAACAGAAGCAAGUCCUGGCACUACUAGACCAGAUUGAAGAUGUAAAGAGUGUCUCAGCACGCCUAGCCACAUUCCUUGCCAACAAGCACUACCUCCAUGCCACGGAGCUCGUGACCAAGACCAUGGGCCAGCUGGACGGGGACCUCAAGGGAGUCGAGGCCCUCAGUGAGACCAGGAUAGAGAUGUUUGCCAGGAAAGAUCAACUCAACACAACCCUCCUGAAGGAGCUCAGGGAGCACCUCUAUGAGAAGUCGGCCACCACAUUCCAAACAAACUUCAGCCGCGGAGGAUCCCUUCGAGGCUCGGGAGGGAUCAGCGGAGAAGUAUCGCCCAAGUUGUCACGGAAACAGGCCCUCAUCGAGAUGGCAGGGUCAGCCAGGAAAGCUGCAUCUAAAACACCAAGAAAAUCACCUUUGUUGAGUGCUAGCUCCGAUGAGGAGAAUCGACCAAUCACAGAAGACCUGACAACAGAUCCGGAGAUAAACGUUGACCAUUACAUCGCAAUCUUGGUAGAGUCACUGUCAUUACUGAAGAGAAUACCAGAGGCUGUGGAGGCAAUCAAGGGUGAAGUACAGUCUGAGCUGGCUCAGAUUGUCCACAAGUCAACGACAGAGGUUGCAGAUAAUGCCAAACAGCGCGGAGAGAACAUCAUGCAGCAGAACCAACCCAAACUCCUUGAAGAGCUCUUAGAUCUCAUCUUUGAGAGGUUCAAGUGUGUGGCCUCUGCUCAUAUGUGUGUACUAGGAGCUCUCCAGAGAAUAACAGCAAGUGGAGAUGUCCAGCUGUACACAAUGGGAGAUAUUUGGUCCAAGAUUCAAACACAGCUUCAAAUGAUCCUGAGUAGCUACCUGGAUGUAAGGAAUGUAACAGCUACAGCUCAGCAAGCCACAACAGCAUUUACUGAAGUUAGCGCUAGUGAUUUGAAUACAUAUUUCAGCAGACGUAAGCAAGCCAGACAGAGGAAGGUUCCUCUAUUCCGGUUCGAUAUGUCGUCUCAUGCGAUCAGUAUGACCAACUACAUGAGAGAACAGAAGCAAGAGUUCUAUGGCUCGGAUGGUCAAGUGCUAGCAGAAGAUGAGACAAGUGAACAGACUCAGAUGGUUUGUAAACCUAGUAUUAAGAACAUCACCAUCAUCUUCAAACCACUCAACAGAUUCAUCAAAGAUAUUGAGGCUUCUAUGAACGUCACAAAUGGAAAUCACUGCACAUUACAUCAUUUUGUAAGUGACUUUGUGAAGGAGAUCUUCCUAGGUUAUCUUCAAGGUGACAUUGAGGAGGAUCUACAAGCUGCUACCAAAGGAAGUGAAUCCCUGAAGUCACUAGUGGACGUGCAGACCCAGAAGACCAUGGGCGCCCCCUGUCCUCUACUCCAGGCCGUGGUCACUAUGGACAAGGCCGUAUCCUCGCUCCGUCAACUGACCACUGACUUGCCAUCGUAUGCUGACCAGUUCCUUCAGAUGCUGUGCACUAUCUUACAGGAUUACAAGGAGACCUGCUAUGCUACAUACAGAGGUCUAGUGCAACCCGAGUCAGAAGACAAGAGAAUCUUCAGUGCAUCCUGGGUGAAGGAUACCGAUAUCAACCAGUGUCUACGCUACCUACCUAACUGGCUCAACCUACAGGAGGAGAGAAAGGCCGAUAAAGACUCCAUCGAUCAGGUCCCAGAGACAAUAGAAGAUAUCAGAGAGAGAAAUGAGAAGGAGUCAGAAUUACUAGUGACUAAUUUAGGAGACAAACUUCUUCAAACCCAUGAGGUCUUGACUGAUCUAGGUUCCUUGAGAUUACUUGCUAAUCUUCAUGAGAGUCUGGAAUGGUUUGCUUGCCGGGUAAGGAACUUUGCCGGUCAACUACCCAGUCAGGGAUUCAACACGCUUACAGUCCAAGGAUCAGUCUCAUUGGAAAUCCCUCCUGUCGAUAUGAGUCUUCUACAUUCCCUCAUCGGUCUAGCCAAAGAGUUCCAGGACCUAGCUGAUACAUGUCUGUUAGUCCUUCAUCUGGAAGUGAGACUUCACUGUUUCUUCUUCCUCAUGCCAGUCACUAAACAGUCAAGUUUCUUCACGAGUGUUGAUAGCGUGGAUCCAGACCCCAAUGUGAUCAAGCUGAGUAAGGAUCUUACCAGUCUGGAGGAAGCGUUGCACACCAGUCUACAUCCAGCAAAGUUUAAGUAUGUGUUUGAAGGUCUAGGUCAUCUUGUAUCAUAUCUCCUGAUCAACAGCUCACAGUACAUCAAGAGAAUCAAUGAGAAUGGAAUCAAGAAGAUGUGCCGAAACAUCUUCAUCUUACAGCAGAACCUGACCAACAUCACCAUGUCAAGAGAGACUGAUUUGGACCAUGCUAGGCAGUACUAUGAACUCAUGUACAAGACUACUGAUGACAUUCUGAACAGCGUCGUUGAGCAAGGAGCUGCUUUCAAGGAGCUAGAGUAUAGGAACAUCAUCAACCUCCUUCAUCGAAGCAGCCCGGCUUACGAUCAGAAAUCAGUCGGACAGAGACUCAAGAAGCUUGAAGAGAUUAUGACUGAAGCUGUGUAAAUUAAGCAGACAUUUGGCAGUGGUGGACCCAGGAUUCUCUGCCAGACAGGGUGCACAAUUCUGUGACAAGCAAACAAAAGAUGUUUUUCUUGUGAGGUUAAUAAUAAUAAUAGGCAUUUCUAUAGCGGCGUCUUUCUAGAAAUUCUGUUCCGAGGCGCACCUUCUUUUUGCUAUUACAGCGCUCCAGCAUAUCAAGGAAUUAAUUCCUGCCAGGUACCCAUUUACCUCAUCUGGGUCAAGUGUGGCAAAAGAAGAUUUAAUGCUUAAGAAUUCUCUGACAAACUUUAUUGUCCCCUCUUUUUCCUCCCCCUCCUUUUUGUAAGUGGGGUGGGGGCAUUUUAAUUUAGUGUCCUGGCUUUAAAUGGGAAUCUCUGCUCUUUUAUAAAUCAAGAUUUCAAGUGAAAGGUACAAUGAAAUCAGUUUGAUUACAAACAUGUUGAAGUUUCAAUGAGAAAUUCAGAAAGAUUAAAUGCACUAACUUCAAUUGGCCUGUAUUAUGCAGUAAACCGCAUUUUGAGGUUGCUUUAUUUCCAAACAUUAUUUUGAUCUCAAUAUACCUGAGUUCAUUCAAUUUUGUACGGCAACUUCCCACAAGCACACUGUUUAUUUAUUUAUUCUUUUAUAUUGGUAUUGAUAGCAAUACAAACAAUUUAUGAGUCUCAAUAUGACAGACUUACAGUUUUUGCCAUUUUCCGUUAUUAAUCUUAAAAUCCCAAAUCAUCAAAAUUUACUUCUUGUAGGGAAAUAAUUCUCCCAUGUUGAAUUUAAUCAUUAUUCACUGAAUGUCUGAUAUACUUACAUGAUAAUGUGGUAUAUCUUGCCCUGUGAAAUAGCUUUUAUGAUUUUUGUAAUUUGUAAUACAUAUAUUUAUUGUCACUUUAGCAAAUUAUUUAAGUGCUAUAUUUACUCUAUGAAAUGAUACCAAACUAUAUACAAUGACAAGGCAUUCCAUUUAGUGCUGUCAAAAGUAUAUCAGGGUGUUUAUGCAUUAUUUUUAUGCAAGUCAACGACAGGUGGGAAAAAUAUUGUUUUCCCUCAUAUCAACUAAGUUUGUUGGGAUAUGAGCUCCUGUAUUCAUAAUUUAAAUUAUUUUAUGACUGAAUAUCCUAAUCUUUAUUGAGCUUCUACUUAAUUUAUAGAACCAAAGUAGUUAUUUUUGAACAAAGUAUGUGCAAUAGGAGUAUUGUACCAAAUAAUAUGUACUCGUAUAUAAUGUAGUUCAUUGUAAAUUAUGCAUGUUGAAGUUGCAU